UGGAAUGCUUUUCUCCUGACCUGACCCACUCGCUCGGCCAGGCCGGGCUGACUGGACUCCCGACGCCGCCGCCUCGCCCAUCACCUUCUCUCUCCUGACCGUUGACUAUUGCCGUCUGAUCCUCCCGCUGGACCACUUCCACUCUCCUUCCUCUUCCACCAGUCUACUCCGCACACUCGCUGAAACCACGUCUAUUCCAAUCGCUCACCAUGCAGUUCAAAUCCCUCUUUCUUGCUUUCGCCCUCAGUGCCUCCGCUCAGGCCUGGGUCAUCCAUGGCUACACUGAGAAGGACUGCAAAGGCACCGCCGACACGGCCGCUGACAGCGGCAGCCUCAAGACAUGCGAGAGUUUCAGUGCCAAGGACUUUAAAUCGCUCAAGGCCCAGCCCGGUGACUAUGUACUGACGGCCUUCGCCGAGGCCAAAUGCGAUGGCACUGGCUAUGCCCUGCAGCCCGGAAAGUGCGUUAACACUAAAGAAGUUGUCACUUAUGAGCGCCAGUUCAUCGCCAUUACGAAGCGGGACAACGCCACCAUUCUGGAGGAUCACGCCGACUACUUCGCCGAAUUUCCCGAGGAGAUCGAGGAGUUCCGGUGAGCGCUGGGAGAUGGGACAGAACCAAUGCCCUGUACCAAGAUUUUGUGAGAUUUUGCAUAGCUGAACGCCGCACGCUUUUCUUUUUGGGAUACCAUUUCUGCGAGAUAUCUAGCCACCUUGAUCGAGACAAUACAAGCUAUUUUGUCUAUUGCUGG